AGAAGAUUGUGUGAUGGGGCUAUAAAAAGCAAGGUCCAUUUCUUAGUGAUUAGAACGAAGUCCCUGUCGCUUAGAUCUCUAAUUCUCCUCUCUCACACACUCAAAUACACAGAUCAAACGAAAACCCAGGAAUAGAAUCAGAAGCGGAGUAAAGGGAAUUUGGGUUUUCGUCUCUGUCACCCUCUUCAAGAACAUUAAAGCAGAGCAAUUAUAUAUGCACACACAUAAAGGCUAUACUGUCAAUACUAUUCAUAGAGAGUGUAUAGUUUUGUGACUAUAUGUAGCGGAGGAAAGAAGGUGCUUUUUCUUCAACCUCGGCCAAAAACCCAUUGAAACGACGCGCAUAAUUUUUAUUUCAACUUUCCUCCUUUUGAGGGAGUCGCCGUCUUUGGGGUUCUGUACUUCUCCUUUUGUCACUGCAGAGUGGUGGCUGCAUUAAACAGAGGAGCUUCUACUGGGUACAGAGAUUCGUUGUGGAGAUCCUUAAUUCGCGUAAUAAAUUAUCGGGCAUUUUAAGUCAAACUUGGAACUGAAGCAUUCAUAAACUCUCUCUCUCUCUCUCUGCCUUUUCUUUGUUUUCCAUUCUGAAAUCAAGGAAAAGCAUACGGCACUAUCUUCAUAUUACAGUGUUUUGGCCUUUGGGUUAACAGACAUAUCCGCGGCAACCUCAAUCCGAAAGAAACAUCAACAACGAGAUCUGCCAGAAUUUAAAAACGAAGACAAUGUUGCCUCAGAAGCAAGCAGAGGAAGCAAUAGUGGUCUCCAACUUCACCGAAGCAGAGCAUGAUCAAGGCAAGGAAGCUGACGAGACCCAACUUGAAAAUGAGUCUGUACUUAGUGUCAAGAACCUCCUCUGGCAUGGUGGCUCUGCUUGGGACGCCUGGUUCAGCUGUGCUUCCAAUCAAGUGGCUCAAGUGUUGUUGACACUGCCUUACUCGUUUUCUCAACUGGGUAUGCUAUCAGGGAUCAUACUACAAAUCUUCUAUGGCAUAUUAGGAAGCUGGACAGCCUACCUUAUUAGUGUCCUGUAUGUUGAAUACAGAAGCAGAAAAGAGAAAGAGAACGUUAGCUUCAAGAAUCAUGUCAUACAGUGGUUUGAAGUACUAGAUGGGUUAUUGGGUCCAUACUGGAAGGCAUUGGGUCUGGCCUUUAACUGUACUUUCCUCCUCUUCGGAUCUGUAAUUCAACUAAUUGCCUGUGCAAGUAACAUUUACUACAUCAAUGACAACCUGGACAAGAGGACAUGGACAUAUAUCUUUGGAGCUUGCUGUGCUACAACAGUGUUCAUUCCUUCCUUUCACAAUUACCGUAUUUGGUCUUUCCUAGGCCUUGGAAUGACCACUUACACUGCUUGGUACUUGACCAUAGCUGCCGCAGUUCAUGGACAGGCUGAAGGAGUAGUUCACUCGGGACCAAAAAAGCUGGUUCUGUACUUCACCGGCGCCACUAAUAUACUCUACACAUUCGGUGGACACGCUGUCACUGUGGAAAUUAUGCAUGCAAUGUGGAAGCCCCAGAAGUUCAAGUACAUAUACUUGCUAGCUACCCUGUAUGUUUUCACACUAACACUUCCGUCAGCUGCUUCCGUUUACUGGGCAUUUGGGGAUGAGCUACUCAACCAUUCAAAUGCCUUCGCUCUUCUUCCAAAGUCAGGCUGGCGUGACGCCGCCGUGAUCUUAAUGCUCAUCCACCAGUUUAUUACAUUUGGGUUCGCAUGUACUCCAUUGUACUUUGUAUGGGAGAAGGUGAUUGGAAUGCAUGACACAAGGAGCAUAUGUUUAAGAGCAUUAGCAAGGCUGCCUGUGGUGGUUCCAAUAUGGUUCUUGGCCAUUAUCUUCCCAUUCUUUGGACCCAUUAAUUCUGCCGUUGGUGCUCUUCUGGUUAGCUUCACUGUCUACAUUAUCCCAGCUUUAGCACAUAUGCUCACCUACAGAAAAGCCUCUGCCAGACAGAAUGCUGCAGAGAAGCCGCCUCCAUUUUUACCAAGCUGGACAGCCAUGUAUGUGAUUAACAUAUUUAUUGUGGUUUGGGUAUUUGUGGUUGGCUUUGGGUUCGGUGGAUGGGCCAGCAUGACCAACUUUGUGAGACAAGUGGACACUUUUGGGCUCUUUGCCAAGUGCUAUCAAUGCAAGCCACCAACACCACCAGUAACAGCACCACCUCAGCAUCACUGAAUGAUCCUCCACAGUUUAGAUGAACCCAGUCUCAUAUUUUGUAUCAUACAUGGGGAUGUGCACAAUGUCUCCCCCCACUGCAUGUGAUCAUGUGUGUUGGAUUUCUUUUCAUUUUUUUUUUCGUUUUCAUAUUUUAUAUGUUAAAUUCAGUUUUUUUAAUAUGAAAUAGUGUGCUGAUUCCUUUGCUAUAAAAAAAAGCAUAGGAUAAUUAAAUUAAAAAGCAUACUUUCUAGUCACGCACUUA